UUCAAUCAAUUUCAAUCAACAAUAUAAUCAUUGGAAAUCAGGAUUUUCAUGCACAAUUUGCAUGCAACCAUGCCUGGAAUUGAAGCUGCUUCAAGUGAUGAAGAUUAUAUUAUUACUAAAGCCAAAGAAGCUCAGAAGAAUAACAUACAUUCUGCAAAAGCAUGGAUGCUUACAGCAAAAACACUAUUUCCCACAAAUUUCAAGAUACAGUUUGAGGCUUAUCUGAUGGAAAAACAAUCUGGUAACUUACAGGAAGCAGCAGAGUGUUUCACUUCUCUGAUGUUGUCACGUCAAAAUCUUCCAGAACUUUUACCAGAAAUAUCGGCCAUCGCUAACGCUCUUAAAACGGCAGAAUCUAGUUUUUUGAGUCAAAUGUUUGACAAAAUAUGUCCCGAUAUACAACUAACAAUAUUGAAGACUAGUGUAGAGAACAGUGAUGACACCAUGGAGCACUGUCGGUUGUUGGUUUUAUUAUUGAAAAAGUUUCCCCAACUUGGAGUUGACAGUCUGGUCAAAACAUUAAUCAAUGCAGAUAAAUUCUUCAGUGACAAUAGGUAUGCCAGGCUCCUGGUUGUGGAAACUCUGCCCCUUCUUAGCUCUUUAGAAUCCCCCAGAUUGUUACAGCGGUUACUGGUCAAAGCUAUUGAUUUUUACAACUCUUAUGUCUAUGAUGAAACAGAACAUGAUAUAUCAGACCCAUGGCUAAGACUCUAUGGUGUUUUAGAUUUACUUGGAAGGCAACUUGGCUGGGAUCCUUAUCUGAUUAAUUACAAUAAUAGCUUAAAUAAGGAAGCAUAUUUUCAAAAGCUACUGACAUUAAGAAAUUGCGAUGAUUGUCGUCAAUUGCUGUAUUGUGGAACCACUUUCUUCUUGAGAUCACUUUAUGAACAAAAGUCACAAAAAGGAAAUCAUAUUCUUAUAGAAGCCCUUGCAGAUCCAGACAUAACACCGUUGAAGCGAAGAAAAUCAGAAAUAGAAGUUACUGGAGUUUCAUCAAAUCAGUUUCAAGCUGCAGCUAAUUGUUGGGAGCUGCUGCACAGUAAUGAGGUGAUCUCUCGGGAAUUCAUGAAGUUAGCUAAUCAGUUGCAAGUCAAACCUUGGUCUGAUGGAUUUUCUGAAGAAUUGGCACUUUAUCAAGGAAGAUUUGAUGAAACAGUUCAGACAGUUCAAGGCAACAAUCUUGCUGCUAACAUAAUGAGAGUUUCUUUUAAUUUCUUCCACAAAAAGUAUGCAGCAUGUGUGGAAAGCAUACUGGCAGCCCUGCCACAGCUGCCAUCAGUCGAGGGUGCCUUAGAGACAGAGUUGAUCGUUGGUGGCACUCACAGACAUCUACACUUUUUGCCGCUGACUAAAGUAGCAAUAAUGCAUUACUUCUGCACCUUGCUUAUAAGAAUUCUGCUCAGCACAGGGAACAGUUCAGAUUUAACCUAUGGCCACAUAUUAGUAUUGAUGCAAUUUGGAUGGCCCCAGGAAGAAGCGAUUUUUAUGAACAUUUUGGAUAUUAUAAAACGAAAGGGUGUAUUUCACUAUCAUUUAUUCUCAGCAUAUAUUAUACAUAUAGACAUACUGGAGGAGCUGAGUUUUAUGUGGAAUGAUCAGAAUAACAGUGUAGCAUUGGAUAUUUUACCAAAUUCCCAACAGCAUCUAGGACAGAGAAGGAUCGGCACCAGGGGCGCAGACAAGGGAGUAAAGGAAGAUUUUAAACAGGCCAUGAAAGCCCAAGUUGCUAGAAGUAAUGAGUCUAUUUUAAACUUGAUGAUACAGUUUAUAACAUCAGAACGGUCCUACCUACUUCAAAUUUUAUGAUUUCCCUUUAUGUAAAAAAAAAAGUUAUUUAUUGUAAAAAAGUGUGCUUUUAUUAUAUUUAUAUAAGUAAUUAAAAAGAUUGAAUUCUAA